CUUAUGGUAAUUAUUCCCCGUCGGUUCUCGACGGCGGCAAGAUCAAUAAGCUUGCUUCCUCGUCAGUCAUUUCAACCGAGACCGAUCAAAUUUUCCGAUCCCUUCUCCGAUAUCCAUCACCAAAGGAAACUUCUCGAGUCCUCGCUCAUCUCGACGCUUGAUGACUGCGUUGGCAUCGAUCAAGUCAAGCAGGUUCAUGGGCACGUUCUUCGGAGAGGUCUCGAUCAAAGCUGCUACGUUCUGGCGAAGCUCGUUCGAACGCUCACCAAGCUCCGCGUGCCCAUGGACCCGUACCCUCGCCGUGUCAUCGAGCCGGUCCGGUAUCGGAACCCGUUUCUGUGGACCGCAGUGAUUCGUGGGUAUGUGAUUCAGGGUUCGCUAGUCGAAGCCAUCUCCAUGUAUGGUCGUAUGAGGAAGGAAGGAAUCGGGCCUGUUUCUUUCACCUUCUCGUCGCUUCUGAAAGCUUGCGGUUCAGUUUCCGACGUGAAUUUAGGCCGUCAAAUUCAUGGCCAGACAAUUAUACUCGGUCAGUACUCUUCCGAUUUGUAUGUGGGCAACACCAUGAUCGAUAUGUACGUGAAAUGCCAGUGUCUGGAUUGCGCGCGUAAGGUGUUCGACGAAAUGCAAGAACGAGAUGUGAUUUCGUGGACCGAGCUGAUAGCCGCCUACGCUAAAGCUGGGGAUAUGGAGUCUGCCGAGGAACUAUUCCAUGGCUUGCCCGCGAAGGACAUGGUUGCUUGGACAGCGAUGUUAACAGGAUUUGCCCAGAAUGCUAAACCCAUGAAAGCUAUAGAAUUUUUUGAGAAAAUGCAGGAUUCCGGAAUUGGAAUCGACGAAGUCACUCUGGUCGGUGUAAUCUCGGCCUGUGCACAGCUAGGAGCAACCAAAUACGCGGAUCGGAUCCGUGACAUUGCUCAGAAAUCUGGGUAUGAUCCAAGCGACCAUGUCCUUGUCGGGUCUGCUUUGAUCGACAUGUAUUCAAAAUGCGGCAAAGUGGAUGAUGCACUUACAGUAUUUGAGGCCAUGAAUGAAAAGAAUAUCUUCUCAUACAGUUCUAUGAUUCUAGGGUUUGCUAUCCAUGGCCGUGCUCAGGCUGCCAUAGAUUUAUUCCAUCACAUGGUAACGCAGACCACAAUAAAGCCAAACACUGUAACCUUCAUCGGUGUGCUCACGGCCUGCAGUCACGCAGGACUUGUUGAUCAAGGAUGUCAAAUAUUCGCCGCCAUGCCCGAAACCUUUGGUGUCGAGCCCACCGCCGAUCUCUAUACAUGUAUGGUUGAUCUUCUUGGCCGGGCAGGACGGCUAGAUGAAGCCCUCGAGCUGAUCAAAACCAUGCCGGCCAAGCCACAUGGAGGCGUAUGGGGAGCAUUGCUGGGUGCCUGCAAGAUCCACAAGGAUCCCAAUGUAGCCGAAAUCGCUGCCCACAACCUGUUUGAACUCGAGCCCGAUGCCAUUGGGAACUACAUCUUGCUUUCGAACGUAUAUGCAUCGGCUGGGGACUGGAAGGGCGUUGCCCGGGUGCGGAAGCUGAUUAGGGAAAAGGGACUGAGGAAGAAACCGGCAUCUAGCUGGGUGGAAGACAAGGAAGGUCAGAUUCACGGGUUUUUCGCAGGGGACACUAACCAUCCGAGGCACGAGGAGAUAAAACAAACCCUAGAGAAGCUCCUGGAGAGAUUGAAAACGAUUGGAUAUCAGCCGGAGUUGAGUUCCGUGCCAUAUGAUGUGAGUGAGGACGAGAAGAUGCGGAUUCUGGUGAUGCACAGCGAGAAACUGGCUUUAGCGUUCUCCUUGCUGACGACAAGCGGUGAUUCGCCGAUACGGAUAAUGAAGAACCUGAGGAUAUGCGAAGAUUGUCACUUGUUUAUGCGUUUGGCAUCUGAGGUUACAGGGAGGGAGAUUACAGUGAGGGACAACAUGAGGUUCCACCAUUUCUGGAACGGAGCUUGUUCUUGUGGCGAUUUUUGGUGAUGGAA